GCGGUGCUGCGGGGCCUCCGCAACCUGCCGCCGCCCGGGCCGCCCGGCAGAGGCGGCCAUCCCCGCCCGGGGCCGCGGCACCAUGAGCGGCCGCGUCGGGGACCUCAGCCCGCGGCAGGCGGAGGCGCUGGCCCAGUUUCGGGAGAACCUGAAGGACGUGCUGCCCUCCCUGCCCUCCCAGGAUGACUAUUUCCUCCUGAAAUGGCUCCGAGCGCGUUGCUUCGACCUGCCCAAGUCAGAGGCGAUGCUCCGCAAGCAUGUCGAGGUCCGCAAACACAUGGACGCCGACAACAUCAUCGCCUGGGAGGCCCCUGAGGUGAUCAAGAAGUACAUGUCAGGGGGAAUGUGUGGCUAUGACCGGGAGGGCUGCCCCAUCUGGUACGAGAUCAUCGGGCCGCUGGAUGCCAAGGGGCUGCUCUUCUCCGCCUCCAAGCAGGACCUGCUCAAGAACAAGUUCCGUGACUGCGAGGUGCUGCGGCAGGAGUGUGAGCAGCAGAGCCAGAAGCUGGGCAAGAAGAUCGAGAUGGUGAUGAUGGUCUAUGACUGUGAGGGCCUGGGCCUGAAGCACCUCUGGAAGCCAGCUGUGGACACGUACGGGGAGCUCCUGUCCAUGUUCGAGGAGAACUACCCCGAGUCCCUGAAGCGCCUGUUUAUUGUGAAGGCCCCCAAGAUCUUCCCCGUUGCCUACAACCUCGUCAAGCACUUCCUGAGUGAGGACACUCGCAAGAAGGUCGUGGUCCUGGGAUCCAACUGGAAGGAGAUCCUGCAGAAAUACAUUGACCCCGGGCAGAUCCCGGUGGAAUACGGGGGCACCCUGACAGACCCCGACGGGGACCCCAAGUGCCCAAGCAAGAUCAACUACGGGGGGGAUGUGCCCCAGCACUACUACGUGCGGGACCAGCUGGCGCAGCAGUACGAGCACACCGUGGUGGUCAGCCGUGGCUCAUCCCACCAGGUCGAGUACGAGAUCCUCUUCCCCGGCUGCGUCCUCAGGUGGCAGUUCAGGUCGGAGGGAGCCGAUGUGGGGUUCGGGGUGUACCUGAAGACCAAGGUCGGGGAGCGGCAGCGGGCAGGCGACAUGACCGAGGUGUACCCCAACCAGCGCUACAACGCCCACAUGGUGCCCGAGGACGGCUCCCUCACCUGCUCCACGCCUGGCAUCUAUGUCCUGCGCUUCGACAACACCUACAGCUACCUCCACGCCAAGAAGGUGAGCUACAGCGUGGAGGUGCUGCUGCCCGACGCCACCUCCGCCCAGCAGAUCCAGCAGCUGGGGGACAAGCUCAGCGAGGUGGGGCUCAGCCACAGCCCCUAGCGACGCCCCCCCACCGCUCUGUGCCCCCAGGAUGGGCCAGUGACCCCCUGCCCCAGCACGGCAGCUGGGAGGAUGGGGAAGGGGCUGAGCCCCCCCGCAAGCACAUGGACUGGGGUGGGGGGUGAGCGGGG